GUCUCCUGUCGCCGACGUCUUGCCCCUCCUGCCAUCCCUCGCUUCAUUCUCAAGAUCGUAACUGUCAUCGAUCACGUACACUUGUCGUCGCAUAACAUUCUCCCUGCCCUUUCUUUCCCAUCUCUUUUGAUCCUUCCUCUCGCUCGACUCAUCAAUAUCCCGGCCAUUGCGCAACAGACAGAGUGAUGUGCGUGAAUUUCACCGACACUCGUUACAUCUCACCCUUGCCUGUCUUUUUUUGAUUUCCAGUAAAACGGAUAACUGAAUGGGUCCCUGUUGAUCGUCAACCCGCCCGGCCUCCCUCGCGUUCUAAUCAAAUGAUCGCCUGUCGCCUUCUACUAUUCCAGUCGACAACUGUUCCAACUUGUUACUACGGCUGAUACCGGGGCUGUUCUACGUGGCGCCUUACCAGCCUGUUCAUAUCGUGAACCAUUGUUGACUGCAUCCAACGGACUGGGUCUUCCAGUCUUGUUGCUGACGGCAUCAACCGAGAACCAUUUUACCACUGCACCGGAGACACUUCUUGGUUGUCCGUGCCUAUUUCCAGCCAUGCCCAGCCUACCUGUCACGCCUGGGGCUCGUGCACCAGAUGAUUUCGACAUGGCCAAGUUGCAGAAGUCUCUCAAGCAACGACAACGCCAUGCCGUUCGAAACAGUGGACACGUUGCAAAGCUGACCCCGGCCGAGAUUCGGUCACUUAAUCACAAUGCCCUCGCCUCGGCAACUGGCAGUCAAUCCAGUUCAAGAGGAUCGACGCAUUCGACCUCAAGACGCUCGACCAAUGCCACGCCACCUGCCACGCCGGAGGAUCAUCCUUCUAGAGCUCAGGCACAGAAGCAUCGCGACUCGAUUUCUCGAAGGUCGACGGUAGAUAUUCCAACACCACCUCAUACUCCCAGCGGACAUCGAAGACCAUCACAAUCCAGCACGCGUAGCCACAGCCAUACCCCGAUCCAAGGACAUGCUCACGGACACAUUCAUGCUCCAAGACCACGAGGUCAUGGUCAUGCCGCAUUUAUGGCUGCCAAUGGGUUAUCCUCACGGCCAUCGAGCUCAGGAUCUGGGUCUUCAAUGUAUCGUGGGCUUCCCACCUAUCGAGGCCCCGAAGUUACUCACCAUGUGUCAAUGAACAUGCUUCAGCGACCAGCCGCCGAUAUUGUAUCAAAUCCUCUUUCCUAUUUCUCCAGACCGCGGCAAAGCGUCGUAAGUACAUCACCAGAACGGUCUCGGGCUCCCCAGGAAAUGCCUGGGUAUCAAGCACCGACCGGGCGCAAUAAUUCCGUUUCCAACAUCAGUACGAUAUCUUCUCGGCCUCCUAGUCCUCCUAGAGCUACAGAUUCCCCUGUAUCGAUGAUGAACCACGAUACCGAGCAGUUUCCGGCCCUGGAUCUUGCUGACGAUCCACAUAACCAGCCCAAAAUCCAAAGUGACGACGAACAACAUCCUGAUCUAUCCCGACCUCAAGCUGAGGAACCACCCAGUGAAUUGCCAGCACAGUUAGUACCGGAGCUUCAACAACCCCCAGCUGAAGAAAUCCCGGAAACGCCUAAGAAGGAGCCGAGAAAGAGAUUCACCCUCAACGGUGCCCUUUUUGGCGGAGACAAAUCCCACAGCAAUAGUCCAGAGAGUGCGGGCAAACUAAGAAAACUUCGGAGACGAACUUUAUCUCUAGGAAAGAGUCCCGAUAAAGAGAAGUCCGAAGCCCAGGAGCCACCGAACGAAGAGCAAACAACAGUGGUCGCCUCCCCUACCCAGGUCGAUGGCGCAACAUUAGAAGAUAGCGACAUGAUAACACACCCUACGGUGCAGCCACUCUCUGUCACCAUCCCUAGCGAGUGGAAAGGAAAGCAAAAGGAGAUCCAUUCUGCGCCAGUCUAUGCCAGAUGUUCUUGCUGUGGGAAAUUGAAGAGGCCAUCAGGCUAUGGCAACGAACUGAGUCCAGUGUUGGAAAAUGAAAACCUGCGCACGAAUUUCAGUUUCGAGAUCGAAAGGUCGUCUGAGAGCUCGAAAAGAAGGAGCUCAGAUAGCCCUCGAUCAAAAUACACACCAAUCAUUCCGAUGGAGGUUGCUAAAAACGAUACUCGACAAGCCACGGUCGAACCACGGGUAAUACCUACAAUUCCUAUGCGGGAACCGAGAGAGACAGCCAUGUCAAGCCCACGAGGAGCAAAACGUCUGUCGGAUCCUCCAAAGUUUGUUCGGUUUGCCAGUCUGCACGGUCGACGCAAUGAAACCACCGUCAUUGAUGAAGAAGAAGAGACUGAAGUCAUGGAGAACGCUCCUCUGAUGAGCGGGGGUGAAGAUCAAGGCAACGGGGCGAUGGCCGACGACGUUGUCAUGCAUGAUGAAUCGAUGACGAACCGACCUGUAAUCAACAUCGCUGCGAAUGUGAUUCCGGCGCAGAUUGCAGAAAUUGAACAGUCUCCAGUCAAGGUCGCCACACCGGAAGGCUCCCACCGUGAUUCACAUGCUGGAUCCGACUCGGAUGAUUUCUUUACACCAGCCCGAGGCACGACUCCAGUGUCUGAAAGUGUCAGGUCCAGAAAAGAAAAAGGAAAGGAGAAGGAUCUGAAUCCAACAGAAGAAGGAAAUGUGUUUUUGUCCUUGCCCCAACCAUCACUGGGUCCGGCUUUUGCACGUAACAGCGAGGUUCUCAAGAAUUAUGUUCUCGCACGUUCGACGAGUCUAAUCUUGUCCGACGCUGGUGGUGAGACCGAUCUCCGUGCAACCGAGCCUGAAAAACUGCCAGCUGGAGAGAAUCAUCUCCUACCUACCGUUGACGGCAUCCAUGGACUCGACUCUACAAAUCCAAAAGACCAAAAGUGGCUUUCUGAGAUCAUAGCGGUCUGAUCAUGCACAUACUUUCUUGGUGCGGAAUUUGUGCCUGGGGGCUGAUUGCUUCAGCUUAGAAUGGUACAUAUCUUGUGUUAUACGUUUGUUGUCUGAAAUGUUUUGGAAGGAUUAUUUUCACCAAGCGAGCGAUGCUGGGAAGCAUUGUAAUAAUGACUGAAUGGGGGGCCAAAUGGUUAGAUCUGUUGGUGUUAUUGUUUAUAGUUAGCAAGCGAAUGCAAAGAAUGUAAUUAUGA